AUGUAUUCGCCAGUGGGCAUGCGUCGAGUGCUCCCGGAAGUGCCCAAGGUAAGUGGGAAACAAUGUUCUGAGGGAGACUGGAUCUUUUGGGACUGUUCCGGCUUCUCUUUUUUGAUUGUAAGAUCCAUUUUCGUUGGGAAUAGGCAUUCGAAAGUUGGAGUUGUGUCACGUUUUCCCGAUAUUGCUGUAGCUGCAAUUUAUUUUUUUCUCUAAAAUUAUUUGCGGUAGUUUAUGACAUUGUAGUCAAACUAAAACAAAUAAAUAUUAAAUUGCAUCUUUCCAUACAAACAUUGGUUUACCUAUGAAAUUUAAUUCAAAGGAUGUUUAGUAGGUAUAGUAUGGUUACAGUAGUAAGUAUCCAUCAUAUAAAGCACAAAUAGAACCAGCAAUCAAUCCAGUUUAAGGUUCAGGUCAUACGGAUAUCUUCCUGCUCUCGAUGCGGGCUUUAAUCGUCGAGUAUUGGAAAACCAUUAGCCCAGGAAUUUACAUAACAACCCAUUUGUUUUUAUUUAUUUACCAUGUUUGUUUAAGGAUGGGAUGCAAAUGCUGGGCCAGUGUCAGAGUGCCAUUUUGAACCGUAAAAUCUACGAUUUGAGGAAUUCCGAGUGCGAAUUUGGGUAAGAGUUUCGAUCUUUUUAAUAUUUCUCAAAUGUUGCAAGACUUUCCAAACUUGUUUUUUAAUCCCCCUCGAUUAGAGGGCCUUAGGGCCGCGGGUAAACAAAUUUCGAUCCGGUCACUUCAAAUCGCCUCAGGGUAUUUUUUAUGAGCUUCCUUCCAGAAUUAAAAGUAAAUAGUUAUUUACUAUUGCUUCCUGCUUGCCAGCCUGAAACAUAAACAAUUUUAUUUAUGUUCAUCGGACCCUAUCAGAGUCUGGAUCCGUUUCGGUUAUGACGGGAGCAUGACGAUAUAAAAAGAAAACUCUUUAGGGGUCUCAGACAACGUUUAUUCUGAAUUACUGUGUUUACAGCAAAGUUUUUCGUUUUUUUAACAUCCUGAAGUUAUGACCGACAUAUGACUUCACUGUCUGCCCCUCGAAAAUAGAGAAUUAAUCAUCUUUUUUUCCGGAACACUUUUAUUGCGGUUUGGGGUCCCAGGUGACUCGGGAUGUCUUGUUCUUGGGUCUAAUAAAGUGGGAGUCAGAUGGUCCCCCUUUUGCUUGGCUGGUCAGCUGUUGUCUCCAAUUCGAACAUUUUUAAAAUUCUUAGUUGCAUUUUACUUUUUUUAUUUCUGUCCCUUGGCAUUGGAUUUGCUUUGGACUUUUGGGGUGCUAAUUAAAAGAUGAGGUCGCAUUACUAGGGCUUGUUUCUCUGAAGUUUAUGAUUUAUUUCUUCCUCUUUCUUGUCCUCAUACGCACUGUAAAAGACUUGAAUGUUUGGAGUCAAAUAUAUGGGCUAAUUCCUGGCCGGGAAGUGGAAUAAAAUUAUUUUCUGAAAGGCCAUCUCAUCCCGGCCGGAUGCCAAUCAUAUCCGCCCUUCCCUCCGCUUAUAGGCCGCGUCUUUGGCCGCUUUUUUCAUUAGCUCCGGGACUUUCUCUAAAUGUUUUCUUUAGUUUCAAAACAUUUAGAGAGUUGGGUAAAUGUUAUUUUGUUGUUCUUCCAGAUCUAAUUAAAUUGAUGGUAGUUUGAAUUGAUGGGUGUUGCGUAAUAGCAUCAACAUUGGCUCUCGGGAAGUGCCAAACGUUUAUGGGAAUGUUGAAGGCCUCUUAGGGGUGCUGAGAUCACUCCGAUGACGUUCGAGGAGGCUGCAAAUGACCAUUUCCGAAGGGGGUUUGGCCAUUAGUCAGAAAUAGGUCGUCUCCGUUCCAUGCAUGUCACCCAUCAUCUCCGCUCUGAUCUCGGCCUCGUUUUGAAAUGUUUUUGGGGAAUCUUUGCACGAAAUUUUAUGAGGAAUGAACAGGCUGUUCGGGUGAGGGAAAGGAGUCCCGCCGGCCAUUGCCUCAGGGAUCGAUUUCAGGCGAGUGGACAGGGAUCGGGAUCAGUUGACCAUUUCGUAAAGCUUCCCCUCCGGAUACGAUCCGUCUUCGUCAGUCUAUUACAAUUUGUGGGGAGUAAAUAGGGUGGGGUCAGAGUUGAGAAAUAUUUGGCCAUAGGAUUUAAGGGGUUUUGAAUCAAAACAUAAAGUGUUCCAUCAAGUGUUUUAGGCUGCCCCUCUUUGGGGUAGAUUUCGUUAGGGGCAACCGAAUUUCAGUGGUCGAUAUGAGCAGCAUAAUUGAGAGCUAAACCAGUUUCUAUCAAUUUGGAACUGUCUAAUACUAGCUAAAGGAAUUGACUCUGCCCAAAUGAAUGGCUGCAGUGUUUUCUUUGUAAGGUUGGAGUUUUCAGCUUAUCCUGAGGACAAAAGUCGUUCUUUCAAUCCCGGUUUCCUUAUCCAUCUGCAUAAUUUCGGUAUUAAUGGGACUAAAAUUACUAUUUUCACUUGAACUCAAGUCGUUUGAAGCGUGUCUAAAAAUAUCCACUCUAGCCGAAAUCGAUCUCCCAGCCACCUCCCACUCAUACUGUGACAUUGUUAUUCGAAAAUAUCUCAAAAUAUUGCCUUAAAAUGGCGGCAGAUAGAGUAGAAUUGGCUUCCGGACGACGUGAGAGCGGGUUCUGAAUAUUUAUAUUCUCGGAUAUUCGAUACUUUUAUUGUUCAAGUUUGUCUUUUGGGGCCACGUGAGGAGUCAUGACCUGAACGGAGCACCUGUCCCCGGCUUUGUUCCCCAAGAUGUCCCGACGUUACUAUUGAUGGGAUGGGUGAUCACCGGAUAGUCUGUACUUUCUGUUGACACCUCCUGUCGAUUAUAGAUUAGGGCUACUUCCUGAUCAGAGCCUAUCGUUUACAAUAUCCCUAUAUUUACAAGGGAAGUGCUUGGAGUGGGACGUUUCGAUUUUCUUUCAAUCUGGCAUGCACUUUGGGAAGAGGCCACACAUCACAUAGGGCUGAACGUUUUUAGCUUGCGCUUUGCAGGCGCAUUUAAUAUAUUCCACUAUUUUUGCGGGCGAGAGAGUACACGAAGGGCGGAGUGCGGUCAUAGAUAGAUUUUGGCCGUCAUUCUUUGCCAGAUGAAAAAAAUUGAUUUUUUUGUAAAAAUAUUAGUCUCUUCAGUAAAAAUGGGUCUUUGCAUGCCAAAGUUCGCACAAAAUCAUCACAUUUGUGCUAACUUUCGCUCUAAAAAUGUGCCAAGUUUUAUCAAAACCUCACCGUCCACUCGAAGUACUUCUCUAGUUGUCUGCUAAAAUAUAUUGGAACAUCUUUAUGUUGUGUCAGUAUUUAUAAUUUAAUUUUCCCCUUUGUUGAGUCCCUUAAAUGUAUUUUCACAUUCUCCCAUGCCGUCCGGACAAAUCUUUUUUUUGCUUGGAGAUCCGGCUCUCUGAUUGAUGGGGAUCAAAUUGGCUCAUUACAGGCUUUCUUCCUCACGUAUCUUCCCUUAUGUCCUCCCUCCAUUAAAGAAGAUUUCUUCGGCAAUUACCUUUGAUCAUCCAUCUAAUUAGCCUCUUUAAUGUACAAAGAGUACGGUAAUCCGUACUAUAAUUUGCAUCUUCUUGGGUGUUCUACAGCCCAAAGAUCAUUUCAUUGGAUUCUUUGCAAUUCUUCACACUUUACGGUUGGUUAGGGCUGGCUGUUAUUGGGACGCCAUUUUACGGGAUCCGCCGAACACGUAAAUAAACGUGUCCGCCAGGAAAGCAUUAAUUUUGCAGUGUUAGCGCCGGUUGACGAAUGUCAUAUCAAUUUAGCGUUAUACCAAUUUGCAUUUAUUUAUUUCUCGAUGGUUAAACUUUAGAGAGUUAUACGUGUUUAGAGCUUGGGACCUUUUCUUGGCGGGUAAAGUGGAUUUCCCGGAACUUCCUCCUCUUUAUGCCAUACUUUGAACUGUCUUUGUAACCUCUUUUCAUGCCGAUAACUCGGUUAUCUUCCAGCUUUUGUUUGCCGAUCUUAUUCAUCGGACCUUGGAAUUGUAUUAUAAAGUCUUGCGGCUGCACUAAAUUCAUAUCGAAAAAAAAACUUAAUGUUUCAAAAAUCUGGCUCCAUAAUCUGUUUGGGCCGCUCUCUGGGAAAGCCGUUAUGCCCUGAGGCGCUUCCUUUAUCUUUGUUUAUUCCUCCCGCAAAUCUUAUUUAUGCCGUCAAAAAUGGUGGCUUUUAAUUAUACGGGACGAGUGCUCGGAUCCGUGUCACCAGAAGCCGGCUUUGGCUUCAUGGAGAAUAUGGCCUUGGAAUUUUUUUGUUUUAGAGCGAUGAAGCAGCCGCUCCGUUCGCAAUCGUUCCGUCAUCGCCCGAGGCCACAACUCGACCUCAAAAGAUAUGCGUUGGAGGAUCUGGGAUGUCAGCAACGACGUCGAUCCACACCGACAGUCAGUCGGAGAGGAUCUUUGCAAAGGUAGGGCCUGUAUUCUGUUUCAAAUUGCAAUAAAUGGAUGACUUUUUUGUCGGUGAAAGAUCAAUUCAAGUAGCUUCAACAAAUUCUGAUAUCACGUCAGCACAAUGGCCGCUCCCUUUUCGGGUAUUUAAAGCCGUUUUUAACGCAUCUCCUGAGGCCUUUUAUUACUUGCGGCGGGAACGGAAUGCACAACUACGGCCAUAUGAAUAUUUUUGCUCGCACAUCUUUUGACGGAACUGCUUUUUAAAAACAAAAAAUAAAAAAAGUUUUUAAUUGCUCUCCAAGUGGCGUUGUUCCUCCGAAUUCUCCUCAGAACAUGCCCAACUUGUCAUGUCCAAUAAAACAUGUCAUGUAUAAUAAGAUAAGAUGGUCUAAUCUGUUCUUCCAGGACCCGACUGGAGCCUCUUGUUCGCACCGACGUUUGGCCCGAGCCUAAGCAGAUGAGUGAGAUCGAGGAGCGUUUCCUCAAACUGCCGGAUUCGGAUGAUUACACUCGAGUUCGUCAAUUCAAUAUUGAUGCAAAAGGAGCUGUUGUAUCUCGAGGUGAUUCGUUCCGAAGGAAACGAGGGAGUUCCCAGUUCAAGAACGACAAUUCUCCCUCUCCAUUCCCGCAGUUUGAGGAUCAACAACUGUCGAGAAGUGCGUCAGUCGGAUCUUCGGAUAACUCUUCAACGAAGCCGUUGACGAACUCGGAUCAAGAUGAGGAGGCCACAACCUCACAUCCCAUGCAUAAAGUAAGUUUUUGAACAAAUUUGAGAGUCUUGAUUGCCUAAGCAAACGAACAUAUUAUUUUACUUUUAGAUCUAUGUCCUUGGCCAAACCGGAACGGGAAAGAGUUCGCUGAUCAGUCAAUUCAUCACCUCUGAGUACAAAAACGCCUUUGCCGAUGAGAUUGGUAAGCCAGUCAAUGAUGAAAAUAUUCUUAUUUUUGGCAUUUAAUCUCUUUAAUUUCAGAAGACUAUGAAAAUACAGUAUCCAUCAGCAUCGGUGGCAAAGAGAGCGAUCUGAUUUUCUUCGAAUCCGAUCCCUCAAUUGGCGAUGAAUGGCGAGAAGAGCCCGUGGAUGCAUAUCUGAUGGUAUACAGUAUCGACAAGAAGAGUAGCUUCAAAUUAAUUGUGAAAACUUUGGAAUUACUGAGACAACACCGAUGUCAGACCCCCAUUAUUUUGGCUGGAAACAAAAUUGAUUUGGAGAGGAAGAGGACGGUUAUGCCUCAGGGUAAAUCUUUAUUUCAUUUGCGAAAUUUGAACUUUUAAAAGCUGUAAAUUUUAAAAGUUCAUUCUGCGUUCUUUUUCUAACCAUUUUGACGUGGAAUACUACUUAUCCGGCCAAGAUUUAUGGCCUUGCGUCAUGACCAUAUUUUACACUCCAAAUUUUAUUAUAACGGCUUUUUCAGAAGUCCGAGGCGUCGCCAUGACGUAUUCCGUAGCCAACUUUGAGAUCUCGGUGGCCUUGAACCAUGAUGUGGAUGAUUUGUUGGUGGGAAUUGUGGCCGAAAUCAAAGAAGCCGACCGCCGAUUGAACAAGGAGGAAGAUGAGAGGCCUAUCUUGGUAUGUUCCGUCUUUUGACAUUGCUUUCGGAGGCUGUAACGAGAGAAAAUGAGAUUUUUUAUGAUGAUUUUUUCAGGUCCGGUCAGAGUCCGUUCACAUUGAUGAGCCCGAAUUUAAAGCCGCGAUUCGUCGCUUCUCCCAACGAAAAAAGAAACAAAUGGGCGCCACCUCAAUGGUUGAUCUGGAAGGCUCCAAAUGCACCAAUCUGACUCCGGGCGGCCUCAUCGAACGCUUCCGAAGAUGGCGCAAAGAAUCCAAAUGCUGA